AUGGGGAUGGGGACGAGGAUGGGGAUGGGGAUGGGGAUGGGGAUGGGGAUGUUGACGGGGACGGGGAUGGGGAUGGGGACGGGGCUGGGGAUGGGGAUGGGUAUGCUGACGCGGAAGACAAUGAGGGAAGAGGACGGGAGAGGGGAUGCGACAGAGGAUGGGAAUGGGGAUGAGAAUUGGAAUGGGGAUGGGAAUGGGAAUGGGGAUGGGAAUGGGAAUGGGGAUGGGGAUGGAAAUGGGGAUGGGAAUGGGGAUGGGAAUGGGGAUGGGAAUGGGGAUGGUAAUGGGGAAGGAAAUGGGGAUGGGAAUGGGGGACACUUGGAUAAUACCAUGGCAUUCGCACAGUGGAGUAUGGGGAGAGCCGCGGCAAGUACACCAAAACGGCUUCCGGGGGUGUGA